AUGAUGGUGCUACGAAUGCGCGACAUGCUGUACGAGAAUCCGCUCGAUCACUUUCUUUCGCUGCUGAUCGAUCUGCUGAUCUUCUUCGUGAAAUCCAUCUACUACGCGCUCGAAACGAUCGUGCUCACGCUCACACCGUACCAAUUUCGGAAGCUAAAGGACGUCUCCGGACAGGUGGUGUUGAUUACGGGCGGUGGCGGUGGUGUUGGACGACAGCUGGCACUGAACUUUGCGCGCCUACGAGCCCGUGUCGUCAUCUGGGACAUUAACAAGGAUGCGCUACAAGGCACGGUGGACGCACUGGAAGCAGAAGGUUACCGCUGCCGGGCCUACCUGGUGGACAUCUCCGAGCGGGAACGGGUGUACGAAGCGGCAAAGAAGGUGAAGCAGGAAGUGGGCAAUGUGGAGGUGUUGAUCAAUAACGCCGGUAUCGUCGCUUGCCGCACGCUGUGGGAUCUGUCCGAUAAAGCCAUCGAAAGUACGUACGCCGUCAACAUUCUGUCGCACUACUGGACUACGCGCGCUUUCCUGCCAGAAAUGAUGAAUGCGAACAGUGGCCAUAUAGUAACGGUUGGAUCGGUGGCCGGGCUGCUCGGUACGUACGGUUGUACCGACUAUAGUGCGACCAAGUUUGCUUGCGUUGGUUUCCAUGAGGCACUUUUUACGGAAUUGAAGACGCAUGGUUACGAUAACAUCCAUAUGACGCUGGUGUGUCCGUACUACAUCAACACGGGCAUGUUUGCUGGAUGCAAACCGCGCCUGUUGCCCAUGCUUGAACCGAAGCACGUCGCCGACAGCAUGGUACGGUCGAUACUGAAGAACGAAGUAAACUGUACGCUACCGGACCACGUGCGCAUGUUCCUGCCGCUCAAGUGUUUGCUGCCGGCGAAAACAUGCUGGGAGCUGAUGUACCGCGUGAUGAAGGGUCCGGAAACGAUGAUGGGCUUCCGUGGCCGGGGCAAGGCAACGGCUGGAUAG